AGAGCAGCAGCAGCAGCAGCAGAAAGAGAUGAAGGAAAGCUCUGCUCCCUCUCACACACUCGCACACUUCUUGCUAAUUCAGGAGAGCAAAUGAUCAACGACAAAAAAUAAAAUGUAAAAUAGUCCCCGCAGGAGUUGGAAUCAAGAAUAUUUUUUUUGGAGGAAUCGAACAUAGUCUUCAAAGGGGAGAGGACUGAUUAAAAUAAGAAAGAAAGAAAGAAAAGUCACAAUCUUUGAGGACGUGAAGCUUACUUUUUGCCAAGCUGGUGUUCAGGUGGGGUUAACAGCCGGGUAGCCAUGUCCAGAUCUGGUGAUAGAACAUCCACCUUUGACCCGACUCACAGCGAUACCCUCCUGCACGGUCUCAACCUGCUGUGGAGAAAGCAGCUUUUCUGUGAUGUGACGCUCACUGCCCAGGGACACCAGUUCCACUGCCACAAAGCGGUGCUGGCAUCCUGCUCUCAGUAUUUCAGGUCUCUGUUCUCCAGCCACCCCCUCAACAACGAGGGCAUUUCUAACAAGGACCAGGGGAGUGGUGGGACACCUUCCUCUUCCCCUGACGAGAAGCUAGUGGCCAGCCCCCGAUCCAUCAACAACCUGGUGCUGCAAGGCUGCUCCUCCAUCGGUCUGAGGCUGGUCCUGGAGUACCUGUACACUGCCAAUGUCACCCUGUCCCUGGACACUGUGGAAGAGGUGCUGUCUGUCAGCAAGAUCCUCAACAUCCCUCAGGUCACCAAGCUGUGCGUGCAGUUCCUCAACGACCAGAUCUCCGUGCAAAACUACAAGCAGAUCUGCAAGAUCGCUGCGCUCCACGGGCUGGACGAGACCAAAAAGCUGGCCAACAAGUACCUGGUGGAGGACGUGCUGCUGCUCAAUUUCGAGGAGAUGUGCGCCAUGUUGGACUCCCUGCCGCCCCCCGUGGAGUCGGAGCUCGCCCUCUUCCAGAUGUCCGUGCUGUGGCUGGAGCACGACCGGGAAACCCGCAUGCAGUACGCCCCCGACCUGAUGAAGAGGCUCCGCUUCGCCCUGAUUCCCGCCCCGGAGCUGGUGGAGAGGGUCCAGUCAGUGGACUUCAUGAGGAGCGACCCCGUCUGCCAGAAGCUGCUCCUGGAUGCCAUGAACUACCACCUGAUGCCUUUCAGGCAGCACUGCCGACAGAGCGUGGCCAGCAGAAUCCGUUCUAAUAAGAGAAUGCUGUUGCUGGUUGGUGGGCUGCCUCCUGGACCAGAUCGACUCCCAAGCAAUUUAGUUCAGUAUUAUGAUGAUGAGAAGAAGACAUGGAAGAUACUUACAAUUAUGCCUUAUAACAGCGCUCACCAUUGUGUUGUUGAGGUGGAGAACUUCUUGUUUCUGCUCGGAGGAGAAGACCAGUGGAACCCAAAUGGAAAGCACAGCACUAAUUUUGUGAGCCGUUAUGAUCCAAGAUUUAACAGCUGGAUACAGCUGCCCCCAAUGCAAGAAAGGAGAGCCAGCUUCUACGCCUGCCGUCUGGACAAGCACCUGUAUGUGAUCGGCGGGAGGAACGAGACUGGGUAUCUGUCCAGCGUGGAGUGCUACAACUUGGACACCAACGAGUGGAACUACGUGUCGUCGCUACCCCAGCCCCUGGCGGCACACGCGGGGGCUGUGCACAACGGCAAAAUCUACAUCUCAGGGGGGGUGCACAAUGGAGAGUACGUGUCCUGGCUGUACUGUUACGACCCAGUGAUGGAUGUGUGGGCCAGGAAGCAGGACAUGAACACAAAGCGGGCCAUUCACGUGCUCGCCGGAAUGAACGAUCGCCUGUACGCCAUUGGUGGAAAUCACCUGAAAGGGUUUUCCCACCUCGACGUCAUGCUGGUGGAGUGCUACGAUCCCAAAGGUGACCACUGGAACAUCCUCCAGACCCCGAUCCUGGAGGGGCGCAGCGGCCCAGGCUGUGCCGUGCUGGAGGACAGCAUCUUCCUGGUGGGAGGGUACAGCUGGAGCAUGGGCGCGUAUAAAUCAUCCACCAUCUGCUACAGCCCGGAGAAGGCUACGUGGACGGAGCUGGAGGGAGAUGUGGCCGAGCCCUUAGCAGGCCCAGCCUGUGCGACAGUGAUCCUGCCAGCUUGUGUGCCGUUCAACAAAUAACUACAGUGUUUCAAAGGGAAGGAUGUGUAGUGAUGGGUAACAGGACUAUCCAUGAGCAACACAGCAUUACCUUAAAUCUUUGUGCUCGUUACCAGUUCCUCAAAACGGGAGAGUUAAUGGGAGUUGUAUAAUUUUUUUUACAGCAUUGCAGUGACCAGGUUAUUACUUAACCCAGUCAUGUUUAAUCAUUUUCAUGUUUUUUAAGACAUUAUCCUUGUUAAAAUUCAGAAGCCGUCCAGCUGUGCUGUCAUCGUUUCUUUAUAAUAUUGAAAUGAGUUGUGGUGUUUAGUGAUAGGUGGAGAAUUCCCAUAACAUGCUUAUAAUUUAACCUCCAAAUGCCUCUUAAAUUCAAUCAUAACAAUAGUUCCUGAUGGAUAAAGCUGAUGAUAUAUAAUAAAACAUGGAGCUUUAUUACAGCAGUUAGAAUAUUGAACCCUUGAAUGUAAUGACUCACGUCGUAACACCACGUAACUCUGAGUCUUUUGCAGCUACUGUCCUAGAUGAAAAACUGAGAAAAGUCAUUUUAUAAAACAAAUUAUAUCUAAGAAAGGGAAUUUUAACACAUUAGGGCCCCAACUAAAUGUUUUAAACUGUGUUUUAUAACGUGAACAGUCUUUUAACUAUGGUUUUUGUGUGAUAUUUUGUUCAAGGUAACCUAUUAUACAGUAAUAUGACAGAUACAUAAUUGAGAGUUUGGUUUGCUGGGAAGAGGAAGAGAAAGAUGUUUCAUAAAGCUAUUUUCAGUUAUUCCAGAAACCCCUUUCUCUAGACACAGCACAAAGAAACACAUUUCUCACAUAUCACAAAACAACUACAAAAGCAAACUACAUUCGGACAUAGAGACAAGAGCAGGUCAUAUCAUUCAAGGCUUUCCCACCCUUCAGAAGUAUGUUUUAAGAAGUAUGGAAUUAAAGUUUUAACUUUUUGAAAGUUGAUCAUAACAUAUAAUUGACAGUCGAGUUUAUGGUCAAGUAAACAAGUUGAAAUAUUAUUGAUGAUAGUGCAUUUGGAUGAGUGUAUAACAAUGCUGAUAAAGAUAUGAUCUUUUAUAGAUAUUCCUUGCAGCAACAGUUGAACAUCACACGAUGGCUGGUUCCAUCUCACAUGAGUUCUGUGCUUUUCUAGACGGCACUGUGUUUGUUUAGAUGGGUCCCAGAUUUGCAUGUAGUAGUGGGAGUGAGCAAAAUAUGAGCUGAAUAUUCCUUUUCUAGACCAUGUUGAAUUGCUACAGAUGAGAGGAACACAAGACAAACUGCUCCACCCCACCUCUCUUGUUCCUGUUAUAGGUCUAGGGCCCUGUUGCAUCAGACAGGGAAUGAAACACAAUGUGAUUUCAAUAUAGGCUCCAUAGUAUGUCAAGAGGGUUAGCUAAUACAAGCUUUGCUGUUCUGGAGAGACUUGAAGAAAAGUAUGAUUUAAACUGCGAGUAUGAUACUGCACGAUUUGUGAACUGUGUUAUACUGCCCAUUCUGCAACACAGUCCAAGAAGAUAAAACCACAUAAUACAGUAUGCAGUUUGCUAAAUAGAUAUUUUGUGGGCAGUCACAAAUGUCUCCAAUAACAUUACAAAGUCACUUAAUCUGGCUGCCCAUGGUGUUGUUUUACAAUGCUGUACGACAGCCUUUUUAUUAAAAUCCGAAUUAAUCAAUACACAAAUAAUGUUCUGUAAAAUUAAAAUAAUUGGUAAACAUGCUAUGUAACGCAGUGAACAGAGCUGGUUAAACAGCUGUACUGUAAACAAAAAGACAAAGGAUAUAGAUUAUGUCAUAGUAAAAACAGGGGUAUUUAAUAACAAAGUGAAACUUGGUUGUGGUUCAAAAUCUCAUGUAAUUUCACUUAAGUUCAAAUGUAUGUAAUUCAUUUUACAUGCAUGGAAGUGGUCACAAGUGGCAUUCAGCAUCUAUUAAAAUAGUAAAUUCUAUUUUUAGGUAUUAGUAUCAUUUUGUUAACCACAUAUAAAUCAUACAAACCUGUCAGGUUUAUUUUUUGUUUGCUGUAUAAGGAAGAUGUCAGUGUUUUGUUUCAUAGGGAAAAGUGUUUUCUCUUUCAAGUAAGAUCCAGUCAUUUCCUCUUGGGACUUGUAUCAUCACUGCUCCUCAUGCCGAACGGCAGACAGAGACGUCGCCCAGAAUCCUCUAGUGAAUUCAGUGAGGUCAGGAACCUGGAAUGGCUCAUCGCGAUUAACUGUGUUUCACUGACAUGCAGUAGUAUUGGGUUUUUUUUUUGUUGUUGUUGUUGAAUUGAGGGCUUAUUUUCUUGAGCCUUAUUAGAAAACAGGAUUAGAAACAUGUUUUUAAUGAACAUGACCUUCACCCAGUCACUUUUGUCCAUUUCUGUUCCCCGGAUACCCUGCGUGUUCAAUAGCAGGCUUCUGCUGCCUACAGCCCAAUCAGAUUUCUGAUCCUUACCUCUGGCUUCUCGCAGUUCAGCUCAUUGCAGCGUGGGUACAGAGCAUCGCCAAGAGGCAGUGCCUACACUUCAUCUCAAAGGGACCACUUUCACCCUGGUGAUAUUACCCAGGCUCCCUGACAGGAAGUGUACAGUAGCUACUACCUUUCCAGGUUGCUGGCAGCCAGCCUUGUUAAGGUAUUGUUCAUAAAAAAUGACGACAAGCUGGAAUGUCAGCCCAGCCCAGACUUGAUUGAAUGGCUUUGGCACACAUGCUCAGCAUGAUGGGAACAGUGACAGUGCAUUUCCCAAACGGUUUCUGAUUUUUUCAGGGGCCCAGGGUUAUGACACAUAAUGUACUGUAGCACUAAAGGCCAAGUGGGAGGGGGGGGGGAGGGUUUAAUGUAAUAAAACCAGAGCCCUUUCAUUUGUGUUUUUGUACAUUCUGAUUUAUUAUACCUUGUAUUGUGGUUCAGUGUACAGUGUCCUCACUGUUGCCCAUCACUAUGAAAAAAAUGCAAUGCCAACUACUACCUUAAAAAGGUAUGUUACUGUUCUGUGGUUUUUAUUAAUAUGGCUUAAGAUGUUCUGUAAAUUCUUUCUGUCUUUCAAGACAUAAAAAAGGCAUGAAAUAUCGAAACUGAUGGAGGAGGGAAGAGUGGAUGUAAAUUUUGUACAGUAUUAGAAUGUGUAAAUGAAGCUUGCUUGUUGAGAAAGAACUUUAAAUAAAACUUUAUGUAAUAA